UUAAGAAAUAGUAAAAUUGUAAAAAACAAAACGAACAAACAAACAAAACAAAAAAAACUAACAUAUUUUUGUUGACGUCCUACGUCAUCACGUUAACCCUGGAGCGGAAGUGAACACGUGUGGAGGAGUCAACGCGCAUGUUAGAAGGCCAAAAAUAUAACUUGGUAACCGUAUUCUUUCUUCACAAUGGCUGUAAGAUCAGCAUUUGAGAAAAAUAAUGAAAUCGGAUGUUUCUCGAAACUAACUAACACGUACUGUCUGGUGGCUAUUGGUGGAGCCGAAACAUUUAACAGUAUAUUUGAAGGUGAACUGUCAGAAACCAUCCCAGUAGUUCAUGCAUCAAUAGCAGGUUGUCGCAUUAUUGGAAGAAUGUGUGUAGGAAACCGUCAUGGCCUUCUUGUUCCUAACAACACAACAGAUCAGGAGCUCCAGCACAUUAGAAACUGCCUUCCAGACCCAGUGAGAAUUCAGAGAGUCGAGGAGCGGUUGUCUGCUCUUGGGAAUGUCAUAGCCUGCAACGACUAUGUUGCACUGGUCCAUCCCGACCUUGACAGAGAAACAGAAGAAAUCCUUGCAGACACACUAAAAGUAGAAGUUUUCCGACAGACUGUGGCAGAGCAGGUGCUAGUUGGCUCUUACUGCGUGUUCAAUAAUCAAGGAGGUUUAGUCCAUCCCAAGACAUCUGUAGAAGACCAGGAUGAAUUGUCUUCCUUACUACAAGUUCCUCUUGUGGCUGGUACAGUGAACCGGGGCAGUGAGGUGAUCGCAGCUGGAAUGGUGGUGAAUGACUGGUGUGCUUUCUGUGGGCUAGACACCACAAGCACAGAGCUGUCGGUUAUUGAGAGUGUAUUCAGACUGACUGACUCCGCACAGCUUUCAGCCAUGGGCCGCACCAGCAUGAGGGAUUCACUAAUUGACAGCAUGGCUUAAACCCUGGAAACCUCAGCAGCAGAUUCAAGUAGUCAUGUUCUUUGUUGACUGAAAUGAAAAAAAAUAAAUAAAAAUUGAGAAAUACUG